ACCCAGGACCAACCUCCCCGCUCACCUCGCAGCCCAUCCCUCCUCGAGGGAGCCUUGUGGGGCUGCCAUCUCCUGGGACGUUCUCUCCAGCCACCGUCCCGUUUGUCCCGGACGGGGCCAUUCGCUACCAGCCAGAGGGAUCCAAUGGGGCAUCGUAUAUCGGAGGGAACGUGCCAGGCGGGUCGAGGCCGGACUCUCUCUGUGAACCGUUCCACGCUCGGCUGCAGCCAGACGGGUCUCGCCGGGCUGAACCCCAAGAGCAGGCCGGCGGCAGACCAAUCCCACCCCUCUCCUUGGAGAUCAGCAGGGCUCAGCCGGAAGGGUCAGGCACGCAGGGGUACAACACUCCAACCUUGCGCUCUCCGGUAGAGCUGCGCCCCUUGUCCCCUGGAUCCAGCAGCUCCUCCUCCCUGUCCAGCCUGUCUCCCUCCAUGAAACUUAGCCAGUCCCCAAGCAGGGGUGUGCUUCCCGACCUCUGCGCCUUGGACCCCCUGACUUCGGGGAUCCUGGCCACCGUGGAACUGAAGGACUCUCUCCCCAAGGCCGAAUCCAGCGACCACAUCUGCCUGAGCCGGCCGGGCUCGUCCCACCGGCUGGGCUCUCUCUCCAAAGCCAUCUCCAGCGAGUACAUCUCGGGGGGGAGGGUGGGCCCUUCCAAGUCCGCCAUGCUCUCGAAGGCCGAGUCGGAAGAACUGACCUCCUACUCAAGGGUCCGGCUCUCCCCCCAACUGCAAGAUCUGCGGGGCAGCGACUCCAGCCGCACAGAGAACUUCCUGGGAAGAUUCGGCCGGCUGCAAACAAAGCAGGACAAGGAGUUUCGCAUCACGGUGGUGACGUGGAACGUCGGAACCGCCAUGCCCCCAAGCGAUGUGACCUCCCUCCUGCACCUCAACACGGGGGACUCCAGCGACACUGACAUGAUUGCUAUUGGGUUGCAGGAGGUGAAUUCCAUGAUCAACAAACGGCUGAAGGAUGCUCUCUUCACCGACCAGUGGAGUGAACUUUUCAUGGAGGUGUUGAGCCCCUUUAAUUUUGUACUGGUGAGCACAGUACGAAUGCAAGGAGUCAUACUGUUUGUCUUCGCCAAGUACUACCACCUGCCUUUUCUGCAGGACAUCCAGACGGACUGCACCCGGACGGGACUGGGCGGCUAUUGGGGCAACAAGGGCGGGGUGAGCGUCCGGCUCUCCAUCUUCGGGCACAUGGUUUGCUUUUUGAACUGCCACCUGCCGGCGCACAUGGAGAAGGCGGAGCAGCGCAAAGAGGACUUUACCACCAUCCUCCACUUGCAGCAGUUUGAGGGGCCCUCGGCCAACGGCAUCCUUGACCACGAACCCAGUAUAUCCCUGUGUGCAUUUGGGCAGAGAGUUUCUGGUUCUCUUUCUAACAGCCUCAUCUUUUGGUUUGGGGAUCUCAACUUCCGCAUUGAGACCCUGGACAUCCGCUACGUGAAAUACGCCAUUGACAACAACAUCCUGCAUCAACUCUGGGAGAAGGACCAGCUUAACAUUGCAAAGACCACGUGGCCCAUCCUGAAGGGGUUCCAAGAGGGGUCCCUCAACUUCCCCCCGACCUUUAAAUUCGACGUGGGAACUAACAUGUAUGACACCAGCGCCAAGAAGCGGAAACCGGCUUGGACAGACCGCAUCCUAUGGAAGAUCAAAAGCUGUGGCCUCGCGGGGCAUCCUGGCAGGUCCAGCAGUGGGAAUCUGGCCGUGACCCAGCUGUGCUAUGUCAGCCACAUGGAGUACUCCGUGAGCGACCACAAGCCUGUCGUCUCCAUCUUUGCGGUACAAUUUGGUUCCCGAGCCGACGUGCCCCUGGUGGAGAUCCAAGUGGCCGACGAGUGGACCAAGCCGGAGCAAGCCGUGGUCCGCUACAGGACUUCCUCGGCUUUCCAUCGCAGCUCGUGGGACUGGAUUGCGCUCUACCGGGUGGGUUUCCGACACUGGAAGGACUACAUAGCCUAUGUAUGGGCCAAGCAGGAAGAUACUGAGAGCCACCUUUACCAGCUAAUGUUUCCGGAGGAAUCCCUGCCCAAAGGGAAGGGGGACUACAUCCUUGGCUACUACAGCAACAACUGCAGCUGUAUGGUGGGUGUGACGGAUCCCUUCCAGAUUUCCUUGCCCACCAUGGAGCAGAUCAGCAGCCCCACAGACAGCACGAACAGCACCUCCGAGGAGGACGACGACAGCACGCUGGUGCUCCUCGGCCCCAAGUCCCGCAGCCCCAGCCCUGGGAAGAUGCACGGCCACCGGAGCCGCAGCCCCAGCCUGGCCAAGUUCCAGGGACUGCUCUUGCGAUCCUCGAGCCGAGACCAAGGGGCCAGCCGCAGCCCCUCGCCCCAGGGCCGCCGCCACAGCAGCAUCCUGAAGGCCGACAUUCCCAGCAUCCACUUUUCCAAGGACAGCCCACGGCAUCGCUCCAAGUCGCGGGAGAUGGCGCAGAACGCAGAGGCCGCCUCCUCCUCCUCCUCCGCCGCCUCCUGCUCCUCCUCCUCCUCCUCCGCCUCCGCCGCCCCCCCGGCCCGGACGGGCUGGCGCUUCGAUGAGAAUCCGCUGGCCCGGGCCGAUCCGCGGAACCUGGGCCUGCUGCCCGCCGUGCGCUUGGAGACGGUCGAUCGAGCCAUGGGGUCCCGGCGUGAGAGCUCCGACCCGAGCUUGCCCGGGCGGAGGAUGAGCCCCACCAGCCCCACGGCGGGGCUCGCGGCCCUCUUCAGUACUUCCCCACAAGAGGGGGGACCCCACGAUCCCCACAGCCACAGCUGUGAGACCAGACACUAAGGGGGCCGAGCCACUCGGCAACCAUCUUGUGUAGUGUGCGUGUGGCGUGCCGACACCCUCUGCCCACCCGUAUCUGUGCCUGCCUUGCUCUCUGUCAAUGCGCCUCUCUUGAUGGGGCACAGACCCGGGCAAGGCGCUGCUGUGGUUUCACCCCAUCCCAUCAGCUUGACAAUCACCCCACAUCCGUGUCGUCAACCGAAGGCCUGACCCUCUCAGCCGGCCACAGAGCACUUGUGCUGGUCGCCCCUCAUCCUCCUUCGAGGAGAGCCCUUUCUCCCACCGAAUGCCCUGGUCGGGACCCAGAGCCGUAUCCCCCUCCCACACCUUUCUGGCACCCCUCCUGGCCUGCCCAAGGAAAGGCACCGCUUCUCCUUGCAGAGCCAUCGGAAGGCCAGAAGCCAGGGAGAAAGGAAGCCCCUCUGUCCCCCUCACCCGGAGCAGCUGGAAGCUCACCUGGUGGUCAGCUGAUGAGCUCAGAAGCCCCCUGCUCGAGGAUGGGGUGAGCAGUCGGGGAGGGGGAGAAAGGCCAUUUCCAGAGCCCCACGUCGUAAGCGUGGGGAUCAGUGCAAGGGCCCAGUCGGGCCCAUAGUGACGAAGACCAGGCGGCAGCAGCCGAGCCCAACCCUUCUGCAGCUGUGGCAGAGCUGCAGGCAAAGACUGACGGCGGAGGGUGCCUUGGAAUCGGGAAUGGAGAGGUCUGGCUAGGGGGCUGGGGGGGGCCGGUCUCUCCCCCGACAGAUCAGGGACCUUCGCUGGGACGAGUUCAGUUUUGACACAAUCUGUCCUACCGCUUGUGCUGCCCAACCCCUUCCAAUAAAUCACCUACCA